AUGGAUGUCCGUCCGGUGGCGGUCGUUGGUGCUUUCGAUCUUCCCUCAAAUUCUACCAGGUACCUAAAUACUUAAAAAUUAAAUUGUUUUUUUUUUCCUAUUUUCGAACUUUUGUUCUUUUCUUGAUCUCGUUUUGAAGAGUUUUCCCCCCUAGACACAGAAAUGAGUCAGCCAGAGUAAGAUAGAAAAUUUUCAAUUAUUUGUUUAUUUUCCGGGGGGCAAGCAUUCGAGCUUUGCUCACGGCUUUAUUUCUUCUAUUUAUUCGAGUUCUUUUUUCUUCGUACCGGUCUUUCUCGUCGUUUUUUUCCUUUAUUACUGGUGAGAAUGGCGCGGUGUAUCGGCUUUCAGUUCAGUAAAUAAACACCUCAACCUUUUUCUAAAGUUAUCACACUAGUUGUGUGCAUGUCAUAUGAAAAAAAUUAAUAAAUUUUUCAUCUCUCAAUUUAUUUCAAAAGAACCUUUCCACGUCAGGGACUCUUUUUAUUCAUCUUGAAUUGCUGUUGAUGAAAGGAAUGUAAAACGCAUGUAUCUUAUCCGUUGGAAAAAAAGGCUUCUUUCAAUAUUCUAAAGGUAUAAGUUAUUCAAAAAAUAAUAUAGAAAUCACACGGAAGUGCUAGUUUAUGUUUUGUAAGAGUUCUUGCGCUUUACGAUUAUUUCUCUAUGACUUCGAAAAAUUAUCCUUUGUUACUCGAGCAACUUCAAUAAGUUCACCCUUGCGAAAUAUUUUUGAUUAUAUUUACUUCGGCCUCUCAGAAAGUUUUUGUGAGCAAAUUUUUUUUCUUUAAACGUUUUUUUUUGAUGGGGUUUCUGCACACGUGAAGUGUGAUCUCUGAUUUCUAAUUUAAGCUUUGAGCGUUAUUGUUUGCUUCUUGUCAGCUAGAUGUCACCAUAGCGACGUACAUGACAAGUUUUUUUCACUUUUUUUGGUCCUUAAGUUUUGAUGUUGUUAAGUUUUUUUCUCGUUCGGAAAAAAAGAAAAAAAGUUCUGUUUGCGAAAAAAAAUUGAAGAAAUAUAUUUUUAAAAAUUUUUUUCAGAGAUCUGCUCAAGAUAUUAAUCUAUCACUAGAUUUCUUAUUCUUUCACGUUUCUCAGAAAAUUAGAAGCCGAAAGUUCAUAUGUGUACAGCGCAAAUCAGUCUGCAUUUAAUUGAAAAAGUACCUUUUAUGAAAAAAAUUAUUACGUGAAGCUGGAAAAUGAGAAGAAUGCUCCUUCUAACAAACUUUCAUACACUGAUUCACUUUCCUGAGAACGAGGUUUCGGAAGACCGUAGACCUUAUCAAUAUGGUUAUCGAUUUUUUUUCCAUGCUCUUAUCAUGGGCUUGAAUUUUUGGCGUGUUAUGGAACCUUAUGUUUUGCGCGUCUCCCUACGUUUUUUUUCUGACGUCAUCUUUUUUAUUUUCUUUAGUUUUCUCAUUUAAUCGAAUGAAAAUGAGGGAUAAAUGGGAAAACGUGAACUAUUUCGACAUUUUUUAAAGGAUGAGUAACGAUGUACUGACGGCUGCGAGCUCAUCGGUGAACUCAGUCGGAUUUCCUCCUCUGAUGGAUUCUUCAGAUCGAAUAUCUUCAUUGAGUGCAGGUUGUUUUUUUGAGAUUCGUUUUUUUCGCUUUUUUUCUUUAUUUAAAAAAAUUUGAAAUUGGUUCCCUGAAAUUCCUAAUCCCCUGAAUGAAAAACAAACGUUCUUGGAUAGAAACCGUGAUUUAGAAGGGUUUUUUUCCUCAGAAGUUCAUCCAAAAUUAAUUUUUUUCACUGAAAAAAAUGAAUAGAAACUUACGUAAUUUUUCACAGUAAAUUUUUAAGUUAAUAAGUUUUUUUCUUAUUUAGAUACGCUAGAUCGGCAUUUUGCAUCAACAGAUUUCUACAUUGGAUUGGGCCUCGCUGUUUCUUCGUCUCUGUUUAUUGGAAGCUCUUUUAUCAUCAAGAAGAAAGCAUUACUAAAGGUAUUCCCCAAAAAUCGAGAACUGAUUUUUAAUAAAGUCGGCAAGUGGAAAGACUAAAUUUUCAAAGUUUCCAAUUAAGUUGGUGUAAUUUUUUGCUUGAAACAGUCUGAUCCGUGUCUUUAUUAAAACUUGAUUUGACAAAUAUAAAUAAAUUACUUAAGAAAAAAUUUGCAGAACUACAACAAUACAUUUAAUAAGUGAGAUUGAAAUUUUUUGAACCCGAGCAAACGUAGUGAAAAUGUCAAUGUUGAUUUCCAGCCCAUAUAGGGCUGACCUGGGACAGCUAAAGGGCGGCUUUAACUUGCGCGGUGACUCGACAAAGUGCAAAAAAAAGCGAGCCAUGAAAUUCGGCUCUUAUUAAAGGCGCAUGGAGAGUCGCCCGUUCGAUUUUACAAGCCAGUCUAGAAUAGACUAUACCUAAAUAUUUUGAUCUUCAAAGGUCGAAUAACAGAUAUAUUCAGGAUGUGGUAAAUAUUUCAAACCAUGCCCGCGAAUAAAUUAAAGAGAGUCGAGUUCAAGUUCGAAAAAAGGCGGAUAGUCCUAUACUUUGGGUUGUUUCAGUUGGCCGGCGGGGAUUUAUCGCAGAGGGCCAGCGAAGGCGGCUACGGAUACCUACGAGAGUGGCUCUGGUGGAUGGGAGUCAUCACAAGUCGGUUUCGUGCAAUAUUCCGUUUCUUUCAUGUCGGGCAAGAAAUGAGAACAAACGAACCUUUUCAGUGGGUGUCGGUGAAGCGUGCAACUUUGCGGCUUACGCCUUUGCGCCGGCCUCUUUAGUGACCCCUCUUGGAGCUCUAUCUGUGAUAGUGACGUAUGUUGCAUACCUCCAUUCUCAUUGCUUCGGUUUGAAUUCAGUGCAAUCCUAUCUUCACGAUUACUCAAUGAACGAUUGAAUAUACUUGGAUCGUUGGGGUGUGCGCUGUGUCUGCUAGGAUCGACGGUCAUUGUGAUCCACUCGCCGAAAGAGGAGGAAGUCGGAUCGAUGGCCGAACUUGCCUUGAAAAUGCAAGAUGCCGGUUCGUUUCAGGUCUUUGUGUAGAUGUUUACAACUCGACUCCUCAUGAUUUUCAACGAUACUCUUGCCUUUUAAAGGCAUAGGGGCAAUGCGCGUCGAACGGUAUACUUUAAAACGUGCAGAACUUCCUAGUUUUCGAGAAAGUAGUUUUCGAAAUCGGAGAGAAAAAAAACUAUCCACCAAAAGGGCAUUUUGCAGUAAAGUUGCUCUAUGGACAACAUGGUUCGCCAUUUUUGGAUUUUCGCUUUUCUCUUUGUUUCUUUCAAAUUUUAAUUUUCUCUGUUGUCACCAAAGGCCUUCGUGGACCAUUUAUAUAUAAUUUGCAAAUUUUGUUCGCGAAUGGCUUCUCUGGUGAGAAGCGAUGAUUUUAUACAGCUUUCGGUGGAGAAGUCGAUGUUUUAUAGACCCAAUCCAUCCCGACUUGAAAAGUGAGGAAAGCGGAGAAGUGUAGCGUUAGCUUUUUUUAGUAGACCGUUUGGUUCGCAAUUAAAAACUCUACAAAGUGUUGCUUUCACCUCAACCCCGUUUUUUACUGUCCCUAUACAGUUUUAAGAUGAACUAGAUUGACCGUGACUCUUUCAAUUUUCGAUCGAAAAUCUCUCCAAGACUAGGCUUGAGCGUCAGGCUGGGCGGCCUUACCCGUGUUUUGGGCCUAAUUUUUUCGAAAAAGCCUGCGCGGGCUUCGGCAGACCAAGCUUCGGAAAAAUUUUUAUAUUUCAUCAAAAAUUCUCAUUCUAACUCAAAAUUUUCACAGACAAACUCAAAAAGCAGUGGUUCAACAAAAAAACGAGGUCAAACCAAGUUUCUCUUGAUUUUUCUUAUUACAUGUUGAGUCAUUAUUCCGGUUGGUUUUUAAGUGGUAAAUUACUCAAAAGCGUGAUUUUUUUUUUUUACAAAAAAAGGUCGUUAGGAUUCACACUGAUCUGUCACAGAUCAUAGUUAUCAAAAAAAAGAGUAGUUUAUCAACCUUGAUGUUAAAAGUUAUCUCAACAAUCUACUUUCUGAUGUACCAGAGGCAGGUUCUUGAAACCUCAACCCACCGAAAUUCCUAGUAACCAAAGUAAAAUGAUACUUCUCUACAGCUGUGAAGCUUAACAGUCUUUUUUUUGCAGGUUUUCUAAUCUACGUUAUUCUCAUUCUCUUGACUACGGGUUUCAUCGUAGUCUACGUGGCUCCAGCGUACGGUCGUACGAAUAUUCUGGUUUAUAUCAGCGUUUGUUCGCUCAUCGGAUCGCUUUCCGUCCUGUCAGUGAAGGUAACGAAUGUUUUGAUGUUUUAGCCAAAGAAAUGGCAUACCAGUGUUAAGAAUUUUUUGGAAGAAUAAAAUCCGAUAGAGAAGUUUUUUAUCUUUUGAUUGGUACCCGAAUUAAUAGGAUCGGCCAAGUUUUUAAUAUAGUUAUCAAUUUAUGACGUUUAUUAUUCAAACAUAAGGUUAUAUUAUAGAAAAACCGCGAAAAGAAAGCUGUGAAAAGAUAGCCGAAUCUUCUAAGGAAAAACUCAGUGACCCUUCUAGGGGGAGAAAUGUCUCCAGUCAGACAGUACACUAGACAGGGCAUUUCUAACUCCGUUUAGUGGUCAUUCUGGAGAAUAAAAAUGGUCACUAGAAGGAGACGACAAUAAGAACGUACGUACUCCUGGUAGUAAGGUGUUGGGAGAAACGUAAGAAACCUUCAAUUUUUCACGUGCAAUCUUAGUGGGACGGCUCGAUUUUCGUCGAUAGUGGGACGGCUCGAUUUCAGCAGCUUUUUUUUAAAAUCAUACACUCAAAAAUGAAUUUUCUCGAAGUACAAACGGGUUUCAAAAUUGGAUAUCAUUUGAGAAAGAAGAAACCAUAUUUCUACAGGGUCUCGGUUUGGCGAUCAAAGAGACGUUGGGCGGAAACCAGCAAUUCACCAAUUGGCUCACGUAUUUUUGGCUAAUCUGCGUGGCUUCGUGUGUAUCUGUUCAAUUGGUAGUUUCUUUUUGUUUCGUAUAACUAUAAUCGAAAUUCUUGAGGUUUAUCUGAACAAAGCGCUUGACGUCUUCAACACGUCGAUGGUGACGCCAAUCUAUUAUGUGUUUUUCACGACUUUCGUCAUUUUAGCCUCGUCGAUUUUGUACAAAGUAGUUCAAGUUGUUGAUUAUGGCUAAAGUUUCUGAUCAUUUUGAGGAAUGGUCGUGUCUUGGAGCGUCGGACGUUUUAGGAAACCUAGUCGGCUUUCUCACGACCAUCAUUGGAAUAUUUCAGGUACACUCUUUUUUGCAAUAUUUGUGGAGGAAAUCAUAAAAAAGAAAGUCAUUUAUGGACACGUUGAUUUUUUUUUUCCACCCUCACAAGUCUCCCUCAAUUAAAGUUAGUACUAUAUCCUGAAAUUUAAACUUUUUUUUUAAAUAUUUUGUUGUUGAAGUUUUUCCAAGGAGACCUUUCCUCUCACAUGGUUCGUCAUUUUACUUUUCGUGUCGGAAUUUUUUUGAAAAUUUGCUCAAACAAUUUUCAAACGUGUAGAUGAAGAUACCUAACAGUCGCUACCUGCGCAAACUUUUGUUUUUUGAAAUAUUAAUUCUUAAAGUUUACGUUCAACAGAGUUAAGCCUAAAAAGGAGGUCAUUUUACUUUUCGACUUUGAAUUUCCUUCAAAGUUGCUCAAACACUCUCUGAAGGUUUAGAUGAAGAUCUCUCAUUCUACUUGGCCCGACUUCUAUUUCUCGAGAUUCUUAUUUCCAUAAUUCGCAACUUUUAAAAAUCAUAGUCGAAAAGUAAAACGACCUCCUUUGUCAGACUAAGUGACUCCUUUGCUGACUUGUUUUUCAAACGAUUAUACGACCAUUUCAAAGAGUAAUCAGAAGAAGGAGGAAAUCGAUAGGAAUUUUCAGAUGCAACUGUUCCGCGACGUCAACAUCACCCUACACCAGGUGCACCGGCUGGUGGGCCGACCCUCGGCCUGCCUCGCCUCGGCAGAGUUCAACUCGAGCUCCAACCUUGUCGACGACUUUUGUAUGCGCACAUCUUCCAAUUCUCGCCGAACUGUCUAUACAUGA